AUGGCGACGUACGGAUUGUUCGUUCUUCCACCUGAGCUUCGACUUCAAGUCUACCGGCAUCUCAUCGAGACGUGUCUGCACGAUGGAACUCCCUCUGAAGCCGGUGGUCUCUACCGGUCGUGUAGACUGAUUCAUAGAGAAAUGGAGCACGAGUAUAUUUCGAAGGUGCGAAUCCUUUUUGAGUCGCAACAAACUUGGAUCAAAGAAGAGCGACUGCUGUCCAGACAACAUACCACUCUCGGCAUUGAUAUGGCGCACGAACUCGAUUCCUCCCCAGCGCUGGACGGAGUCACCGUCGUCUUACCCGUACCCAAAAUCAACGAACUUUGCAAGUCGCGGGAGCCGUACGUUGACGAGCCGUAUCCCUGUUUGGAGAAGGUGCUUUAUCCCAUACUUCAUAUGCCACUUUCUUUGUUAACGGUAUAUUUUGGUUUUACCAAAGACCGUCAAGCUAGGGACGUACGUAGAAGUUUCCAGUUCUUACAUGACCUCUUCUUUGGUGUUGGUUUUGGGGAGUAUACUCCAAAGGCCGAUCGCAUUGUUGUACGACUUGGUGCACAUCAUGGCCCUGAGUCAGUUUGCUCAUGGAUCUCUGUGAUUGCAGGCAAUGAGGUUGCGUCGAUUCUUGGUGAGCCAACCCAAGAUAAAUCACCACGUUUGGAUGUAAAAAGAGUCUGGAUGAGUGAGGCUUGCGCGGGCGACAUCGAGAUAUGCUCGAUCGGUUUUGAUUUCAAAGCAGAUCUGGAGAGACCGAAGGACCAGGUGAUGGAAAACAACGUGUGGGAUUACACUGGGAAGGCUUGGUUGUCUGCUGGUACUACGUAG